CACAUAGUAAAGCUUUUUUUGAAGGUAUGCGGUAGUAUUUACGUAUAUGCUCGUCGAAAUGCAACGGCAAGUGCAGAAGUAUCGAAAAUUUUGGAAGAUCGAAUUCUUGGACAACGUGUGAAUACCAAUCUUGAAGAAACUGGUCGAGUUUUGUCGAUUGGUGAUGGCAUUGCACGUGUUUAUGGCUUAAAUAAUAUUCAAGCUGAAGAAAUGGUAGAAUUUGAUUCAGGAAUGAAAGGAAUGGCUUUAAAUUUGGAGCCUGACAAUGUUGGUGUUGUCGUAUUUGGUAAUGAUAAAGUCAUUCGGGAAGGUGAUAUUGUUAAACGAACAGGAGCUAUCGUUGAUGUGCCUGUUGGAUUGGGACUACUGGGUCGCGUUGUGGACGCGUUAGGUAAUCCUAUUGAUGGUAAAGGUCCAAUUAAAAGUAAUGAAAGAUCUCGAGUUGGUAUUAAAGCACCUGGCAUUAUUCCUCGUAUUGGUGUGCGAGAACCAAUGCUUACUGGUGUAAAAGCUGUUGAUUCAUUGGUGCCUAUUGGUCGAGGGCAACGUGAACUCAUUAUUGGUGACCGACAAACCGGGAAAACCGCUAUAGCCAUUGAUACAAUCAUAAACCAGAAACGAUUUAAUGAUGGAAGUGAUGAAAAAAAGAAGCUGUAUUGUAUUUAUGUAGCAGUUGGGCAAAAACGUUCCACCGUAGCACAAAUUGUCAAGCGCUUGACUGACGCGGGUGCAAUUAAUUAUACUAUAAUUGUAUCGGCAACUGCUUCUGAUGCUGCACCUUUGCAAUACCUUGCCCCUUACUCUGGAUGUGCUAUGGGCGAAUAUUUCCGCGAUCAUGGCAAACAUGCGCUCAUUAUAUAUGAUGAUUUAUCGAAACAGGCAGUGGCUUAUCGUCAGAUGUCACUGCUUCUUCGUCGACCUCCUGGACGUGAAGCUUAUCCUGGUGAUGUUUUCUAUCUUCAUUCGCGUCUUUUGGAACGAGCUGCAAAGAUGAACGAUUCACAUGGUGGUGGAUCGUUAACAGCUUUACCUGUAAUCGAAACGCAAGCAGGUGAUGUUUCUGCUUAUAUUCCUACUAAUGUAAUUUCAAUUACUGACGGACAAAUCUUUUUGGAAACGGAAUUGUUCUACAAAGGUAUUCGACCAGCGAUAAAUGUUGGUUUAUCGGUGUCUCGUGUCGGUUCUGCUGCGCAAACAAAAGCUAUGAAACAGGUAGCUGGUUCAAUGAAACUUGAACUAGCACAAUAUCGUGAAGUAGCUGCUUUCGCUCAGUUUGGCUCCGAUCUAGAUGCUGCAACUCAGCAAUUGCUCAAUCGCGGUGUUCGUCUUACGGAAUUGCUAAAACAAGGCCAAUAUGUACCAAUGGCCAUUGAGGAACAGGUAGCAGUUAUAUAUGCUGGUGUAAAAGGACACUUGGAUAAAUUGGAGCCGUCACAAAUCACAAAAUUUGAAAAGGAAUUCUUGGCUCACAUUCGAACAACUCAACAAGAUUUGUUAAAAACCAUCAGAGAAGAAGGGAUGAUUUCCAACACUACAGAUAAUAGGCUCAAAGAUCUUGUCACCACGUUCUUGGCUGGUUUUUCUUCGUAA